UUGAAGCGUGCUCUUAGAGCUCUCAACUUUGACAGGCCCACCAAGAUUCAAGCGUUGGCCCUACCUCAUGCUCUCAAAUCUUCAUCAGGCCAGGAGUCUCCAUCAAGAGACGUUGUCGGCAUUGCGCAGACGGGAAGCGGCAAGACGCUGUCGUACGGACUGCCGAUGCUCAACUGGAUCGCGACGACGGAAAAAGAGGACCGAAAGAUCAAAUAUAUCGAAGGCCAGGAUGCGCAGGACGGCGAUAUGACCAGACUCACUGGGCUUGUCCUGACUCCAACCAGAGAGUUGGCCUUGCAGGUGUCCAAGCACCUCGAAGCGCUCAUCAAGGCUUCUUCACCCUCAGCCACAAAAAAGUGGGCGCAUGUUGCCACCUUGACGGGAGGCAUCAGCGAGGAAAAGCAGCGCAGGCUCGUCCUGGGCCACGAUGGAGCGGGCACUGACAUCAUCGUCGCAACACCAGGGCGGCUCUGGGACAUGUGCAAGAGCGACGACACCUUGACGCGUCGAAUCAAGCUGGUCCGCUUCCUCGUCGUCGACGAGGCGGACCGCAUGAUUGAGACGGGCCACUUUGCCGAGAUGGAGACCAUCUUUGCUCUGGUGAAGCGAGCAAAACAUUCACAUAGCUCACUCCCGACUCAUCGCUCUUCGGCUCGCUGCAGUUCUCAAGACUACACGUCCACGUCAACAAUUGCCGGCGGUGCAUCUGACAUGCAAACCUUCAUUUACUCUGCAACGCUUUCAAAGGAGCUUCAGAACAACCUGAAGAAAUCGAAGCGCAAGAAGCGCAAGAAUGGAGCGGCCUCCUCAACAAUCGAAGACCUGAUCUCGAUGAUCGACUUUCGAGACGAUGACCCGAAAGUCGUCGACUUGAGCACAGCCAUGAGGCUGGCUGAACGUUUGGUGGAGACCAAAGUGGAGUGCCUGGCCAAGGACAAGGAUCUCUACCUCUAUUACUUUCUCCAGCGCUACCCGGGCCGCACCCUCGUGUUUCUCAACUCCAUCGAUGGGAUAAGACGAUUGACGCCGCUACUCAGCAACCUGAACCUCUCCGUCCACCCGCUUCACAGCCAUCUCCAGCAACGGCAACGGCUCAAGAACCUCGAGCGCUUCCAGGCAGUCAACCUGACGAGCGCAGACGGACCGACGAGCAGCAUACUGCUGGCCACCGACGUGGCCGCCCGAGGUCUGGAUAUUCCCUCGGUCGACCACGUCGUUCACUUCCAGCUGCCGCGGAGUGCCGAUACCUACGUCCACCGUUCUGGCCGAACUGCCCGUGCGGGCAAGUCCGGCUUGUCCGUCGCCAUGAUUGAGCCGGGAGAAAAAAGAUUGUGGGGCGACCUCUGUCGAAGUCUGUCGAGGACAUACGACCUCAACUCGCUACCAGUCGAAUACUCCUUUCUGCCUGCCCUCCGACAGCGGGUGGAUCUGGCUCGAGAGAUUGACCGGCUGCAGCACCAGCAAGAAAAGGAAUCGCACGAUGAUUCUUGGCUGAGGAAAUUGGCCGAAGAGGCCGAUAUGGAUCUGAGUGGUGAUGAGGUCGACAUUGACGCACCAGUCAAGAAGCAAGGGGGCCAGAGUACCAAGCGAAAGGGCAAGAGUAGCACUGAUGCAAAAGUCACUGCCCUCAAAAGUCAGCUCGCCGCACUGGUCAGGGUUCCCCUCAGUGCUCGAGGUGUAAGUCACAAGUACAUCACGAGCGGCAGCCGCGACUUUGUCGACAGCCUUCUU